AUUGAUCCCGCAGUGUCCGCCUUUGUUGACCUACAAAAUACACUCAUUUUACCGCUGAUACUGGAACUAGGAACAGAAGAACAAAAGCAAAAAUAUCUUCCGAAAGGGUGCACAGAAUGGAUCGGUUCGUUCUGCCUUUCCGAAUCCAGCUCAGGAUCCGAUGCCUUCGCCAUGAAGACUGUCGCCAAGGCGGACGGCGGUGAUUAUGUUAUCAAUGGGUCAAAGCUGUGGAUCACCAGUUCGAGCCACGCUAAGUUCUUCCUGGUAUGUUUCUCUUGGCUAUUCGAAACAAACGAAACAACA